CUAUCACACAAUACUGUAUAUAAUAAAUAAUAGGUAAUAAAUGAAAGAUUCUUAAAUGCGCAGUGUUUAUGAAAUAUGUAGUUUGGGUAGCUUGCAUCGCUAUGUUUGCGCGGCCACAACCAAUAAUACGUAGAAUAAAUAAUAACGACUUUGAAGAGGACGGCGGUUCUAUAACGGUGUACGUAAAUGGCGCGUGCUCCAAAAAUGGACAGGCCGACGCACAAGGCGGUUUCGGCGUUUUCUGGGGAGAAAAUCAUCCUCUAAAUACCAGUGAGCCAGUUAGGGGACGGGCCACCAACAACCGUGGAGAAAUACAGGGAGCCAUUCGUGCUAUCACACAGGCUCUAGAUAAUGGAAUCCCUCGCCUAACAAUCUAUACAGACUCGCAAUAUCUCAUAAACUGUAUGAAAGUGUGGAUAUCAGGUUGGAAGCAAAAUAAUUGGAUACGGUCGACUGGAGACCCAGUGAGAAAUCAGGAAAACCUACAGGAGUUGGAUAAUUUGCAAUCCAGGCUGCAGCUGGUAGAAUGGAUACAUGUAAAGGCAAAGAACGGCAACCACGGUAAUGACGAGGCGAAUCGAUUGGCCAAAGCUGGUGCUGCUAUGUACCAGCCUCCGGCGCCUGCGCAGGAGGUAGAGCCUGCAGAUCUUCAACAUCUCGAUCAAACGAGCACCGAUGACUUCGACUUUUAAAACUAAACUGAUAAAUAUGGCUGAUCACGGCAAUCUUUCUGCAGUAAUUCAGUCAUUAUCGUUAUGUGAGUCCCCCCCUAAAAAGGUGGAUGGAGCUUCACACUUUAUAAGUUUGUUUUUAUGCUCGCCCGAAUAAUGUCUUACUAACACUAGCUUACAAGUCAUUUUUAAUUUAAUUAAUUUUAAAUUAUUAGGUGGUGGGUUCUAGCUUUUUAGUAGAAAUAGUAAAAUAAAUGUGAUAAAUAUUUCA